UCGAAUGAAGAUUCUUAUUAAAGGAAACCAACGAUGGGAUUGGGAGAACAGACUUAAAUUAUCAAAAGAGUUAUCCUUCGCCGCAUCGUCGAACAGAGUAAAAGUAAAUGUGUUUGGAGGGACAUUAGUCGGCAUCGUCGAGGAAAGCAUCUAUGGUUCUUACAAUGCCUUUCGUGGAAUAUCAUAUGCUAAACCUCCAGUGGGUGAUCUCAGAUUUCAAGAUCCGCAACCACCAGAACCAUGGUCCGCGACAGAGACGCUUCGUCUAACGGAACGUCUGUCUUCAGAUGGUAACGAACAUUGUCAUAGCGAAGAAGACUGUCUCUAUUUGAACGUGUAUACCAACGAUGUAAUAUUUCCAAAGAAAAGUGCUGUGAUGUAUGGAUACAUGGUGGAGGCUUUUUUUGUGGGAGACGGUACCUCGUUGUAUUACGUCCCGAUUAUUCAUGCGGAAGGUGUGGUACUCGUCACCCUGAAUUACAGAUUAGGUGUUCUAG